AUGGCCAAGGGGAGCAGCUACCGCGACGCGUGGCCGACUGCGUCGUCGUCGCCAGCGAGCUUCCACGGGAAUCGCCGCGACGCCCUCGCCCGGUCGGUCCUGGCGGCUGUUGGAGCGGCGGCUGUCGUCGGCAGCCACGCCCUCGGCGCAGCGAGCCGUUCUGCCGCCGUCGUCGUCUUCGAGGACGGUCGCAGGCACUGGUGGAUGCUGGGCCCCUCCUUCUUCAGAGAGGGCGACGCCGUCACGGAGUUCGGCGUUCUCAGCCGCCUACGCCGGGUUGCCGAGGGCGAGCUGGUCGAGGGAGCGGCGCUGCUCCCACAGAUCGGGUCCCGCUCGAGGGACGUCGGCCGGCACGUCGGCUGUACCGUCGCCGUGGGCGGCCUCGGCUCGGGGCCCGGUGUCGAGACCGCAGGGGGCGGGCAGCCGAUCGGCUCCGGCUGGGGCGGGCAGGCGCACGGCCAGGCCGAGGGGCAGCCCCUCGGGGCUCGGUGGCCUUGCUUCGGCCGGCUUGCGGCGAGGAAGCGCAGGUGCAGCGAGGUGCCAGAUGCCUCCGCUCGCCCAGCGCGGCGAGGGGUCUUCGUGCUCGGGUGCCCGAAGGACCCCAAGGAGGCACAGCUGGCGGCGUUCGCUCGAGCCGCCGAACUGGCGGACUGGGAGGUCCUGAGGCUGAGCUUGGGCAGCGUCGGCGAGCUGACCUCCAAGGUCGUGGCCCGCCUCCGCGCCUGGCACCGCUGCGGCCUGCUGCUGCCCGCGCUCGGCGGGCUGCCCCCCCUGGCGCGGGGCUCCGCGCUCUGGUGGCCGCCCCGCGGCGCGCGCGCGGAGUCGCUGGAGAGCGGGGCGGGCGAGGACGCGCACGGCAGGGGGCUGGCGGCCGCCGCGCGGGCGAUCGUGGCCGCGCUCUUUCGGGCCCACGGCGCCUGGCGGAAGUGCCGGCUCUCGCUGGUCUUCGAGGGCGGGGAGGUGGUCACUCUCUCGAAGCGGGUCGCGACGCGGCUGACGGGCCGCGCGCCCACCGAGGGCCAGGUGCUGGCGCUGGUCGCGGGCGAGGUGGCGCUGGCGCGCGCGCGGCGGCAGAGCGGCUCGGCCCCGAGGAGCGACAGCAUGCCUGGCCGAAAGGCCGUCUGCGUGCAGUGGCCGGACGCCGGCCGUGGGCCGCCGCUGCAGUACCACGCGGACUGCUGCCUGGAGCUGCGGCUGCUCGGCCGCGGCGCGGCGGGCGAGGCCGACGCGGGCCUGCGAGCCUCGGUUGCGGGCGGGGAGGUGGAGGUCGUUCUGGUGCAUUUCACGCCGGAGGGAGAGGCGUUGCCGUGGCACUGGGAGUGCAGGGCGGUGCCAGCCUCCCUGCGGGGCGCGGGAGUGACCGCGCUGCUGGGCGACGGCGAGGGCGCGGUGGAGAUGCUGGAGCGGAUGCUUGCCCCGGGGCCCGCGGAGGCCCGAGGAAGGCAGGCGGAGGGCGGUCGCCUCCGUGGCGGAAGGCCGGAGAUCGACAUCCUGGACGGGCGCCGCAAGUGGAUCGCGCUUCGCGCGUGGCGGUCCGGGCCAGAGCAGCCGCCCUUCCCGUUGGGGGCGUGCAGCCAGGCGGCCCAGGUGGGCCGCGCGGACCCCGAGCCUGGGCAGGCGGGCGGCAGAUGCCUCCGCGCGCCGGGCAUGUGCGGCACGGGCGCCGGCUUCUGCCACGGCGGACAAGGGUCGACAGUGGCCAUUGGUAGCCACGCGUACGAGCCGCUGCCGACGGAGGACUUCGACUGGGAGGGGAGCGGCCGAGAGGGAGCUGGAGGAGGACCCAGGCCUCUGCGCGCCAGGCAGCCGCUGCAGAUCGUUCUGUAUCAGCUUCCUCGUCACGACGCUGCUUGCUGGCACCCUCGGCUUCGCGGCGGGCAGGCUCGUGUCGCAGAAGCAGUCGCAGAAGCAGGGAGCAGCGCCUCGCUGGGCGCGGGCGGCGCCGGCGGCGCCGGAGGCGCCGGAGGCGACGGCUCGACGGUCCUGUUCCCCGGCGGCGGCGGCGGCGGAGGUCCGUUCGACUGCGAGGACGGGUGGGUCGGCUGGCGGUUGGCGUGGUCCGAGGAGAAGCAGGACUGGUGUUGCGCCCACCAGGGGCGCGGCUGCGGCGAGGGCGGGGGCUCCUCAGGCCCGGGGGGCGGGAACGACUCGAGCUCGCCAGCGCUCUUCAACUGCAGCGCGGGGCGCCAGGACUGGGAGGCCUCAUGGUCGAACGGCAAGAAGAGCUGGUGUUGCGUCCACGAGCACAUCGGGUGCCCCUGGUCCGAGACCUCGACCACGAGCACCAAAGACGCCGCGCCCGGUGCCGACGCAGCUCUCGGCGCAGCGGACGGGUCCAAGGCUACGGCCACCAUCACCAAGACCACCACCACUAGCGCUGGCGACGGUGCAGAAGGUGCCAUCGCCAACGGCGAGGAGGCCGCCGAGGCGGAGAGCCCCGGCGGCGCGGGCGGCGGCGCGGGGCCGCCGGCGGAGGGGGGCGGCGGGGCGCAGGCGCCGCCGGACCUGCUGGCCGACCCGCUGGCCUACCUCUGCAGCUCGCGGCCCGCGUGCUCGCACCUGGACGGCGCGUGCUGCCCGGGCGUGGGCGGCGUCGACCUGCCGUGCUGCGCGGAGGGCGCGCCGCCCGUGGCGCCCGCGGGGCCGGCCGGCGCGGACGCUUCGGGGACAGACCCACAGCCGACCACAACGACCGCCGAGACGACGGUGUCGUCCAGGCCCACGACGACGACCUCCACCACCGUGCUGCCGACGACGCUGUCCUCGGUGCCCGCGCGGCGUGUGCCCGACCUGGGCUGCGACGCGCAGUGCCCGGCGGCGUGGCCCGCACGUGCCGCGGGCGCAUGCUCCACGAGGCACACCACCGCUUCGCCGAGAGCCAGGGCAAGGAUGUGCAGCCUGGCGUACGCGCACUGGAGGAGCUGUGCCCAGUCUGCUCUGCAUGUGAUCUUGCUGAAGUUGGAUGCUGACGUAGCUCGAGGCUUAGUAGUUAACAUCCACACGGAUUGUUUGGAGAGCAGGGCGCUUGUUUUGCUCAAGGCAAAGAUAUUUGGGCGACACAGGCAUUGCGUGUUAACCUCACUCACUAUGACAACAGUGUUCCAUUGUAUGUUGGUAUCGUUCCGCGCAUGUGCCAAUUCAACAAGACACGUGCACUACGAGUUUACAUGUUGCAUCCUACAAGUUGGGUGCAGAUCAUUGUCUUCUGCCCUCAUCUCCAGGCGUUGUAGGUCUAUUUGCAGCGUGCCUGGCAUUGCAGCUAAUGCACAUUGCGGCUGUCUUCACUCCAGAGGUUUCGUGUGCCUCUGCACUUUCAGCCAGGGUGGCCGAAGGCACGGUGCGCGUUGUCGGAGAAAUAGUUCCCGCGAUCAAGAGGUGCGGCCAGCGCCCCAGAGCGUCCCAAACAAGUGUGUUGAGUGA